AUAAUCAAUCAGCAUGGUGUUUUUCCUGGACAGUUUGAAAAACACUUGUGCAUUGUUAAAUUCCACUACUGCCUCCUUUGUCAUCUUUAGCUAAUAUUAAAUUUCAUGUUAAACCCAGAACUUUCCCUUUUGAAUAUGCUUUGGGUCUGUUAAUCUUCAUGCUGUGGUGUUCUUGUCUGGUUUGAGGCAGCAAAAUAGGUUUCUGUCUUGAAAAGAACAUGAAGGGGUUCUUGUUGAUUUUGUUGAGCCUUUGGCUCAUAUGGUCCCCUGGAGUUUUUUGCGGUUCUGGGAAUACAUCGUCUUCUUCUUUGAAGCCAAAGGUUGUACAUAUUGGAGCUCUUUUCACUGUGAACUCAGUUAUUGGGGGAGCAGCAAAGCCUGCACUCGAGGCCGCCAUUGAUGAUGUCAACAAUGAUCCUAAUGUUCUUAAUGGGAUCGAAUUGAAACUCGUUUUGAAAGACACGAAUUGCAGUGGAUUUAUUGGAACCAUGGAAGCUUUGCAGAUUAUGCAAAGCGAUAUCGUGGUGGCGGUCGGUCCACAAUCUUCCGGAAUAGCUCAUGUAAUCUCCCAUGUUGUUAACGAGCUUCAAGUCCCUCUUCUCUCGUUUGGAGCAACGGAUCCCACUCUUGCUUCCCUGCAGUUCCCUUAUUUCCUACGUACUACACACAGCGACUACUUCCAAAUGUAUGCGAUUGCCGACAUAGUCGACUAUUACGGAUGGAGGGAGGUCAUAGCGAUAUUCGUGGAUGAUGAUUACGGAAGAAAUGGGAUUUCUGUUUUAGGUGAUGCCCUGGCUAAGAAACGUGGCAAGAUUUCGUAUAAGGCUGCAUUCAGCCCCGAUGACCCCGUAAGUAAGAUCAAUGACUUGCUAGUCAAGGUGAACCUGAUGGAGUCGCGAAUUUUCGUAGUUCAUGUUAAUCCCGACUCCGGUUUGAACAUCUUUUCUGCUGCUAACACUCUUAAUAUGAUGAGCGAUGGCUAUGUUUGGAUCGCUACAGAUUGGCUUCCAUCGUAUUUAGACUCGAGGGAGGCAGUUGAUUCCGACACAAUGAAUCUCUUACAAGGAGUUGUUGCUCUUCGUCGUUACACCCCGGAUACUGAUCUCAAAAAGAGGUUUAUGUCUAGAUGGAACGACCUAAAACAUAAGGGCAGUUCGGGUCCUGGAGGCUUCAAUUCUUAUGCACUUUAUGCUUAUGAUUCGGUUUGGUUGGCUGCGCAUGCCCUCGAAGUUUUUCUCAACGAAGGUGGAAAUGUAUCUUUCUCCGAUGACCCGAAAUUGCGUGACACGAAUGGCAGCACACUGAACUUGUCGUCCCUUCAUGUGUUUAAUGGAGGCCAACAACUUCUACAGACACUUCUUCAUACGAACUUCACUGGUCUAAGUGGUCAGAUUCAAUUUGAUCAACAGAGAGAUUUAAUUCAUCCGGCAUUUGAUAUUCUUAACAUCGGUGGAACCGGGGCUCAAAGAAUUGGUUUUUGGUCGAAUCACUCUCAUCUCUCAACUGUUCCUCCGGAGAACUUGUAUACAAAGCCUCCCAACAUCUCUUCCGGCAGUCAACAUCUUUACGAUGCAAUAUGGCCCGGAGAAUCUUCGAAACCACCAAGGGGAUGGGUAUUCCCGAACAACGGACAGCCAUUACGAAUUGCCGUACCUAACCGAGUAGGUUACAAAGAGUUUGUGUCGAAAGACAAUAGUCCCCAAGGUGUAAAAGGAUACUGCAUCGAUGUCUUUGAAGCUGCAAUAAACCUGCUCCCGUAUGCUGUUCCUCGUACGUAUAUGUUAUUCGGGGACGGUACUAAAAAUCCGAGCUAUAACGAUCUUGUUUAUCAAGUUUCCCAAAAUAAAUAUGAUGCAGCAGUUGGAGAUAUCACGAUUGUUACAAACAGGACGAAAAUCGUCGAUUUUACGCAGCCUUACAUGGAAUCCGGACUAGUUGUCGUCGCUCCGGUCAAAGAGGUGAAGUCGAGUCAGUGGACAUUCCUCAAGCCAUUUACCAAAGAAAUGUGGUUCGUCACGGCUGCAUUCUUUCUUUUCGUGGGAGCCGUGGUGUGGAUUCUCGAGCACCGGAUAAAUCCCGAAUUCCGUGGUCCUCCGCGGCAACAGCUUAUGACAAUUUUUUGGUUUAGUUUCUCGACGAUGUUUUUCUCGCAUAGGGAAAACACUGUGAGCGCUUUGGGACGUUUGGUGCUGAUCAUAUGGCUGUUUGUAGUUCUGAUUAUCAAUUCGAGUUACACAGCUAGUUUGACAUCGAUACUUACCGUGCAACAGCUGACGUCGGGGAUUCAAGGGAUCGAUAGCUUGAUCUCGAGUUCUGAAAACAUCGGAGUCCAAGAUGGUUCGUUUGCAUUGAACUAUUUGGUUGAAGAGCUCAACAUAGCACGGUCUAGGAUAAUUCAGUUAAAAGAUCCGGAAGCAUAUCUGAGAGCACUUAAUCUCGGAUCGAAGGCAGGUGGUGUAGCUGCCAUCGUCGACGAACUUCCCUACAUCGAGCUCUUCUUAUCGAGCACCAAGUGUUUGUACCAUACCGUCGGCCAAGAAUUUACGAAAAGCGGAUGGGGCUUCGCUUUUCAAAGGGACUCUUCUCUUGCGAUCGAUCUCUCGACUGCCAUCCUCCAACUCUCGGAGAACGGCGAUCUCCAAAAGAUCCACAACAAGUGGCUAACGCACACCGAGUGCUCGAUUCAAAUCAAUCAAGAAGAAGAUAAUCAGCUCGACUUAAGCAGCUUUUGGGGUCUGUUCCUCAUUUGUGGCAUUGCUUGUGUGUUGGCUCUUACAUUCUUCUGCUAUAGGGUCUCCUCUCAAUACCGGAGAUUUAGCCCCGAAGACGAGGAAUCGGAACUAGUGGAUAUCGAACCGUCGAGAUCGUCUCGGCGGUCCAUCCGAUCGACUAGCUUUAAGAACAUGAUGGAUUUUGUGGAUAAGAAAGAAGCAGUGAUUAAAGAGAUGCUGAAGAGAAAGAACAGCAAUGAAAGCAAACAGACCGGCCAUGGUACUAAUGGACAGGCAAGUUCACCUACGUAAACGAAUACAUGUUCUUUUUUUCGUCUGUUGAAACAAAUGAAAACAUAUGUAAUGUAUAUGUUUCAU